UGGCACGUUAAUUGCAUCAAAACGUGCUUAUCGACAAGGGCAUAGCACCUCCCAACUGGAGAAAAACACUGCCUUAUUGGCUUCUGCUACGAUAGAUUCAUUCUGUCUACGGUCCAAGUUCCGACGUAAUUGAUUUUACGACGAGUCUCCGCAACCAAUGGUAAUGCUGUCAUCAGCGCCAGAUUAAUAAUAAACAUAAAUUUGAGCCUACGCUGUGGGAUAAUUUCUGAUUAUGAUGAAGCAGUGCCAGUUGCAAGACUUGUAAUAAAUAGAAGCCACCAACAAGAAGACCAAAAACUACCACAAGCUGUCGUAACAGAAAGAAAAGUUAAAAACAACAACAGAAAACAAAAAAAAGAAGAGAAAGAAAGACUUAGAGGGUAGAGAGAAAGAGAGAAAAACGUUUACAGGAAGCAAGCAGCAACUCAUUUGAUUCCAGGAUUUUGGAUUUAAAGUAUGAGGCUCUUCGAAACGGUUUGCUGUCUUGUCGUUCUAGCCUCGUGUAUUUUGGCAACCAAGUUGCAAGAAACUGGCAAUAAACUUUUGGGACAGUCGGCGAGAAGUAAAAGGGACACAUCUCUUUCGGGUUCAUAUGUUCCGCUUGAUGACUAUUAUCCUUCGUAUUCAAGCGUAAUAUACGACGACCAGUUCCCAGUCAACAAAAGACUACGCGAAUUUUUCGGGAAAAGGGACGAUGUGUCGGCGGACAAAAGAUUAAGAGAAUUUUUUGGAAAACGUAGUGCAUAUCCCGUAAAUAAGAGACUGCGAGAGUUUUUCGGGAAAAGAAGCGAUCCAAGUGCGGAAAAGAGACUACGGGAAUUCUUUGGGAAACGUGAUGGCUCAGUGACUCAGAAGAGGCUGAGAGAAUUCUUCGGGAAGCGAGACGAUAUCUCUGAAGAAAAAAGGCUCCGUGAGUUUUUUGGUAAACGCAGCAAUACAAAUGUUGACAAAAGGCUGAGGGAAUUUUUCGGAAAACGAGAUGAUCUCUCCGCCGACAAGCGGUUACGGGAAUUCUUUGGAAAACGGGAUGGCUUAACCGCUGACAAAAGACUCCGAGAGUUCUUUGGCAAGCGCAGCGAUCUCAGCCCGGAUAAGCGACUUCGCGAAUUCUUCGGCAAGAGAAGUGAUGGAAUACAAACUGAGAAACGACUUCGCGAGUUCUUUGGCAAGAGAUAUGCCCCUAAUGCCAGCAAGCGACUCCGAGAAUUCUUCGGUAAGCGGAGCGAGAUGGACGAAACGAAUAUGGAAAAAGAAAGCGAAAGUACAAAGGCAGACAACGCGAUACCCAUCGAGACGGGUGGGGAUAAAAAUAUCGGCCCGCUAAUCCGAAUGACGAAGAGGGAUGUUGGCAAACGUGUUCGGGAGUUCAUUGGAAAGAGGAGUCUCCUGGGCUUCGAUGACGGACCGGAUAUGGUCUAUAACCAGUAUCACAAACGAGUCCGAGAAUUUAUAGGGAAGUGAUUUUUGACCAUUUCCGUAAGUGAGUUUAUCUCAUUUCAAAAUUUAUCAUACAACACACAAAACUGGUUAUAGGCUAUGUAAAAACAUUCUUAAAAACACGGAACUGCCUACUGAACAUAAAAAAUUAUAAUUACUAUAAAUAUCUAACAAAAUUCAAACUGGUCUACAGAAGAAAUUUUUUUUAAAAUGAAAACAUGCAACGGGUUAUAGGAUAUGUAUCAGUAGUAAAAAGACGAAAAUAGGUACCCGAACUUUAGGACAAGACUACAGCUAGCUAUGCUUGGUUUUAAAAUAUCAUAGACACAUAACAUACGUAAAAAGCAGCAACACAGAAUUAGCCGUAACAUAUGUAAGAAAACCAACGAUCUAGAACUGACUUCAUGGUACUAGUAUCUAAAAAAAAACAAUGCUCAGUUGUUGUAGGAUACGUCAAAAAGCAAAAACUCAGAACUGUUUGUAGAUUGUCAAAACAGAAGAAGCUAUUCAAUAUUUACAAAAGCAACGAUUCGGAACAUGUGGUAGAAUAUGUGAUAAAAGCAACAAUACAGAACUGACUAAAGAAUACAUAUGCACGCAACAAUACAGAACUAAACUUACAAAUGGCAGACGUCUACCCAAAAAGCAAUUACACAGAUUUGACUAUACACAAGUAUAAAAGCAAUAAAACAGAAGCUGCUGUUGUGUUUGUAAAAAAAAACCCCAGCAACUAUCGGAUACGUGAUACAAACGCUAUACAGAAAGCUUUAGAACACAAAAAAAACCUACAACACAGAAUUAAUUGUUACCUAUGUGAAAAAGCAUCAAAACAGAAAUAGUUACAAUAAAAAAUGGAACACCUGGAUAUCAGUUGAAAAGAAACGUCACUGGCUGUGCAAUAUGUAGACAUUAUGACGCAGACAUAAACGGCAACGUGAUACGUGCAAAUAUACACAAGUCAAGAAAUAGCCCAAGAACAGAUAUAUUACAUGAUGGUAUUUCACACCUGUUGGACUUCUAAUAUUUAUUGCUGGCGACAACGGAUAUUAUACCUUUUAUUCGCCAACAUAAGAUUUGUUUCUGCAAACAUUAAUACUCGGUUUCUAAGAUCUGAACUCAUUUAGGAUGUUUUGCAAUAUAAAAUAUACUCAUGAUAAACUGGCCAUGGAAUAGAUACGUUACAAGUUGACAUUUAGCAACUCGUCUUUUUUUUAUAACGGUAAUGAUGACAACAGCAGAUAUCUAUCAUUCCUGAAUCAAAGCUGUCGUUCCUGAAUUAAAUCUGUCAUCCCAGAAUCAGGGAUGUAGUUCAUUAUCUAUAGUAUUUACUAACAAUGACAUUUAUAUCUGAAAAUGUUUGUUCUUUUUUCUUCUUCUCCAAGAGCUAAAAAAUCGUCCAGAAUGUUUCCUUUUUUUUCUUUUCUUUUUAAAGUAAUGAGGGAAACUGAAGUGAACAGAACAUAACCGAAUAACUAGCUGGAAUUGCGUGUGGGAAAUACGUCAGACGUAUCCGUAUGGAUCUUGACUAAUAUGGAUUAAUAUUUCUGGUGUUAAGGCGUGUUCACGGAGGACAAGCUUGUCGGUAAUGCGAUCAUGUACAGCCAUUUGAUUUAGUGUCAGCAUGCCACUUCAUGGAUAACUUUUUGGAAUACGACUCUGGGUAACUUAUUAAACAGAAGUAUGGUUUAUCUAUUACUGUUCUCUUUUACGAAAAUUUACGAAAUACAUGGGCUGUUAUUCCGA